UCAGCACUUUUCUUCCUCUCCAGGGUGCUUUGGAUGGGCUGUUUCUGGAGUGCCUCCAGUGCAAAUGACAAUAAGGCAGGAAAUACUGUCUUUUGUUUUGCAGGCACAGCCCCAAGCUCCUUCGUUGUGUCUUUUCAGUUUUCCUUACUGCAGUGCCAGGUAUUAAUGGGAAACAUCAGCUGUUUCCCAUUGGCCUUGCCCCUGUGUGAUGGUUUUCACUCUAGGCCUUCCUGGAGACCAGCUUGUAACCAGGAAGGAACUAGGAAAGUGAUCACGGAAGUAUUCCAUGCUAUUCCUUUACGUAACUUGAGGUAUAAAUAAAGCCAGCAGGAGGGACCUCGCUCUCUUCCUUUCCGGCGAGGUUCGAGAGGGGUGGGUCCCUGUUUCGGUCGGGCUUAUCUGGAGCUGAGGCGCACAGUGACUGCUGUUAUCAGCCACGCGUGAGGGGAGAGCGCUGGGCCGUGUCCAGCCAUCCUGCCUGUUCAAAGGGAAGUGGUGAGAUUUUUGCUAGUUUGCCUUCAGUUGGCUGGUUGACUUGCUUGGUCUUUGUCCCUUUUUGUCCUUCUCCCUUCUCCCUCCCCCUCUUCCCUUUUUGGGGAGCUGUUUGGGAUUUCAGGAGUUGUGGUGUGUGGUAUUCUCGUUGUGUGUAUCUGUCUCAUAUGUAAAAUAUAUAUAUGUAUAUAUUUUUGCUAUAGCUUUGGCUGCUUGGGUCGUUUCGUUUCUCUUCCCUCUCUGGGAAGCAGGUCCCUGUCGUCGAGUUUCGGGGGCUUGGCGGGAAGCCAGCUUGAAAUUUGCACACCUUGAUAGGGCCAAAUUCAGUCCUCACCUGGCAAAUUACACCCUGUAAUGGCAGAGACUGGGCUGUGUGACUACACAGUAAUUACAUAAAACAUGUUUCACAUGAAAACACCACACACACAAAGAGAGCAUUAUUCUCUUUGAAGCCCCAAUUUCUUGCUGUGCUGGUGAGUGCCCCGUCAAAGCAGUGCCCAGUUACCAUCCCCUCAGGUCCAGGUGAGGCAGAGGGCAGUGCUGGGAACAUGUCAGUGCUGCAGCCCACCCUCUUACCUCUCUCCAUGGUCCAUUUCGGUUCCUCAGCAGUGUCUCAAUUACGUGGUAGGGAAAGAAGGUCUGUCCUUUGGAUAGGGGUGAUUUAGGAGCAUCCCACAAAGGACAGAUACGUGGGCCCUCUUGGUGUGGUCAGAGCAUUUGAACAGCCAUGGCAGCCUUUGGGGAGCCCCCGCGGCUCACCCUGGAGCCCACCCCGCACUCAGUGUCCGGGUGCGGCUGGGGGGGUUUGGUGCAGAGGCUGUGCUGCCCUCGGUGCUGGCAGCUCCCACCGAGCUCUGCGUCCCGGGAGAGCGGGGACAGGAACACGGACAUGGAUGUGGGUGAUGGAGAGCAGCACGGAAAUGUAGAAAUUAAACACAGGAAACAGUAUUUCCUUUUUUUUCCUCCCGAUUCCACGUGCCCGGGGUGGGAGGGGGAUGUCGCGUUGUGACAUCACCUGCUGGCAGAAGGUGACAUCCCAAGCGGCCCGUCGUGACCCCACCGGGGGAGGUGUUAUGAUGUCACCCCCCUCCCCGACUGUGUUUGGGCCCCGCAGAGCCCGGGACACUGUGGCUUGAGCCUGGACUCCUGAGUGAGACUGCGGAAGUCUGGAGGGUUGAGCGAGGCUUCUCCCGGGGCUGGUGGUGCCUCGGGGGCUCCCCUGGCAGCUCGGUGACCCCUCCGGGGCCAUUCCCUGUGUUUGCUCAGCCCUGUCUGGUUUGGGCAGCCGGGCACUGCGGCUGUUUGCAGCAGGGAAGUGCCCGACACCUUUGGGAAGCGCCACAGAAUCGCCAGGGUCGGAAGAGCCCUUCAGGAUCGUUAAGUGCAGCCGCCCGGCCCGGCCCGGCUCGGCCCGGCCCGGCCCCAGUGCCCGCGAUGGGCCCCGCCCCGUCCCGGGCGCUGCCCGACCCGCCGCGGCGGGCGAGCCGGGCCACGCAGACCGAGUGGGACUGCCCGGUGUGUCACCGCGUGAGCUGCGACAGCCUGGCCGUGCCCUGCGGACACGCGUUCUGCCUGGGCUGCCUCCUGCGGGGCACGGCCGCGGACCCCGCCUGCCCCCGCUGCCGCAGCCCCGUCAUCGCCGCCCGCUUCUCCGUGCUCGGCGACGCCGAUUUCCUGCAGUGCAUCCUCAGCCCGCCGGGGCGCUCGCCGGGGGCGCGGAGGGCUCAGUUCCGCCUGGUCGAGACCUGCCCCUGGCCCCGCUGCCCCCGGAGCCCCCCGGCCCCGGACGACACCACGCGGGCACUCCCGGCCGAGCUCUGGGCGGAGCUGCUGCACGGGCAGGAGCAUCUGCUGGACCCGGUGCGGCCGUGGCUGCGGCACAGCCUGGAGGCGAUCCACGGCCCGCGCUGGUGGGAGGCCCGCGAGGUGGAGAGCAUCGCCCUCUCCGCCCUCUGCAUCUACGGCCCCGACAGGGACGCGCUGGCCCAGAUACUGCAGAACUACCUGGGGGAAUACACGGCCCCGCUGGUGCACGGACUGGUCCAUGUCACCCUGAGCCAGUGUGGCGAGGCCUGGCAGCUGCACCGCUCCCAACCUGCCAGGGACCGGGGCGGGAGCUCCGUGUCCAGCUCCAGCCGCUCCUCCUCACCAGGGGGGACCCCCACUGCCAGCCCGGGGGGCACCCCCACCCACAGCCCAGGGGGUACCCCCAGGCCCAGCCAGGCCGACACUUGUGACCCCGUGGGGUCGGGCCCAGAGGACCAGCUCAGCACAUCAGAGGCCCCCCCUGGGAGUCCCAGCCACCCAUGUGUACCCGUCGCUGCUGAGCAGGAGCAGCCCCAGGAUGUGGCCCAGGAGCCCACAGAGGCUCCAGGUCCCUCCACUCCCGACCAGGACAGGGGCCAUGAGCGCCGGCAGCUCCGGCUGCACCGGCACCCCCGAAAGAGGAGGGCCCGUGACCGCCACGGUUCCUUGCGGCCCAGGAGGAGGAAAAAGAGAAGGAAAUAAAUUUCCUUGACACAG